AUGCCGGCCGCACAUCUUCCCAAGGUGGAUGAGGAGGAGGCCGGGACGGCAGAUGCCGAUGAAACGGCCAGAGAGCUGGAGGAGGAGGAGGAGGACGCUGAGACCGCGAGCAGCGCAUCUGGGGAGGGCUUGACGGAUGACGAUACCGAUGCAUCGCAGCCCACUGGAACUGGUAAAAAGAAACGAAAGGUGAGCCUGGGUGGGGUGCCGGAGGUUGGAAAUGGAGGGGAGUGGAGGUCAGGCUGCUCCCUGGGCGUCGUGGUGUCUGGCAUCCACCUGAGCAAGGCUCAUGGCCCCGCCCUGCCCCUCUGGCCCAUGCAGAAAAAGAAGAAGAAGGCCAACGGCGAGGCCUCCGGCGAGGCCAGUAGGGUGGAUGCCGAGGUCCGGAAGCAGCAGCAGGAGCGAGUGAGCAACGCCCUGGCAGACGUGCGUGCCAACAGCUCUGGCAGCAUCUGGGUCGAUCUGAGCUCUGCAGCCGUCGAUGCAAAGACGGUGAAGAAGCUGUGCGCCCACCUUGCUGCAAACACUGAGAUACUGUCCCUGAACCUGGCUGGAAACUGCCUGGACGACGAGAGCGGGGAGUCGCUGGCGAGGGCCCUCGCCCAGGGCGCCGCACCCAAUCUCAUAGACCUGGACCUCAGGGACAACCCGCUCUCGCCCGCGGCAGAGGCCUCAGUGCGGGCGACCCUGAAGGAGCGGAAAAUCCUGAACGUGGAGUUGGGUCCCCUUCCGCCCCCUGUUGCAGCCCCGCCCGCCGAGGCCGGGAAGGAGGAGGCUGGCAAGGAGGGGGGCGCAUCCCUGUCCGGCUCACUGCGCGACAACCCCUACGUCCGCCGCUUCUUCCAGGUCGAUGAGGACGACCAGGAUGAGGGCCAGGCCCUUGAGAGCCCCACCGAGCAGGUCGUUCCGGAGCAGCUGUCCGCGGAGCUGUGGGAGCAGGUCAACCAGGCACUGGAGUCCCCCACCCGGACGACCGCCGACCUGGCGACGCCGCUUACCGCCAUAGCGGACCAAGUCCGCGGCGAGAUGGACUCCUGCAUGGUGGGCAGGGUGCCAGUGGUGGCGAAAGCGUAG